AUGAAGUUUAUGUUAGUGCUGUUCUUUGCUUUUGUGGUUGGCAUUUCCGCGUACGGCCACCAUCAUCACACCGAAAGCAUCAGUGAAUAUAAUUUCAAAACAUUUCACGAGAUCCCGGAAAAGAAACUGGAUGACGAAGUGGAAGCGAAAUUAACCGUUUUGAAUAAAAUGCUCAAAGAUUACCAAAAAGAACUGAAAACUGAAGUGAAAUUGAAGUCUGAGGUACAGAAGGAAGAGGUGGAAGUUGACGAAGCGGCUAAGGAUAAAGUGUACAGUUACGAGUUUGGAUAUGGCGUCAAGGAUCCGAAGACCGGAGACAGCAAGGAUCAGUGGGAGAAAAGCGUCGAAGGAAAGGUUAAAGGAGUUUAUAAGGUUGCCGAAUCGGAUGGUACGCUGCGGAUCGUCGAAUAUGAGGCAGAUGAUAAGAAAGGAUUUGAAGCAAAGGUGACAAAUGUGGCACCUGAGCACAUAGGAGAGGAGAAGAUCAUCAAGGAAGAAAUAAAAGAGCCUCAUAGUUACAGCUACCUGAAAAAAUACUAUCAUUAG